ACUCUGAAAUGGUGGACCAGUGUUUGAUCAAGUGUCGUGUGGGACUCGCCUUUUUUUUUUACUCCAACAUAGAAUAAUUCACUUUUUGUGUUAAUAAAAAGAAGAAAAACUUUUAUUUUGUUGAAGAUAUCUUGAAGCACAAAGCAACAUAAUUAACCAGUACCAUCAAAGCUGUGGAAACAUAUUACAUUAGUUUGUGUGAAAUCUAAGAUACAAAGAUGAACAGCGUGGCAGAUUGGGUUGUGCAGAACAGGGACAAGAUUGAGAAAGGGGUGGAGAUCAUGGGGCAAGCCUCGGAGGUGCUUGCUGCCACGGUGGGCCAGCUUCACCCUAUCCUGGAGGCCGUGUUCGUUGCUUCUGCUGAGUUACUCAGCAAUCCAGAUGGCCAAGAGGCUCGCUACCUGACUCAGCAGUUUGAACUAGUCAACCAAAAACUGGAGGGAAUCCAAGAUGAGAUUGACAAAAUCGCCCUGGAGCUGCAGAGGACGUCGAUGAACAAGCAGAACUUCGACCGAGAGGCCCAGAUGAUCAGUCAGUACGAAAAGUUCCAGGACUUUGUCAACGCCAAGCCCAAGUUCAAGGAGAAGAAGAUGGAGAAGUUUCUCAGCCAUUACGAGAACACUGACGGUGACUUGAACUUGGAUGCACUCUACAACGCAGUCACUGGGGAGAACACCUCAGGAGACCCCAUGCUGGAAACAGUGGUCACCACCGAGCAGAGGAGCAGGAGGGCGGUGGAGGAUUUUUGUGCCAGGCUGAAGAAGCUCUUUGUGGUCGGCAUUAUUGCAGUCAUGGGCCACUCUGCCCUCAAAAAAGGGGUGGUUGGGGAGGAGAUGGUGAAGAAGUGGAAGGACCGCAUGGACGUAGUAGAGAAGCAAAUGAAAGCAGCCGUGGAUGAAUGCACAGAGAAAUUUCCAGAUCAAGCCAAGAUGGACGUGGAGCACAUACUUCAAGAGAACCCCGGCACGGUGAACACCGAGUUCACCCAAACCCUCCUGGAUUCACUCGUGAAGAAAUACGACUGGGUUAACUGGUCCAUCAGAGCCUUCAACAACAGAGAGCGGAUCUUCUUCUUCAACUGGCUGGCUGGAAAGAAGUGCCAUGGAAGUGGGGGCACCAACUGGUUUGACUUUUUGACCAAGAACAAGAUCAAAGUGGUCGUCUCUUUCUGCGUUGACCCCAAGCCCAUCAACAAGAGUCAGAUCCAGGAGAAGAUCGAGGCCAGGAAGCUGAGGGGGAACAUGAUGGCACUGGCUCUUUCUCUGAACACAAGCUUCCCCAACUGUCUGGUGCAUGCAGUCAGCCACUACAAGGAGGUGGUUGAGUCCAACAACUUCCAUGAGGACUGUUAUUACUAUGGGAAACACAAAAGAGCCUACCUGUGUAUCCACUCUGAGUAGACUCCCAGAGACUUGUAAAGUGGAGUAACACAUAGAUUCAUGAAUGUCUCUACCAGACACCUGGUCAUGUUUCCAUUAAAUUUAGAAAUGUACUUAUAGAUAGUAUCUAUGUUAAAGUGUAAUCUGCUCUACGAGGGUUCUUGAAUGUGAUUUAUUGCCUUACUUUUAAUGAUUUUUUCACUUUUACACGUAUACAUCUGUCCUCUAAUGAUGAUGCAGCAGCUUUAGGGUGUUAUAGAAAUUUCAAAGCCAUAUAUUUCCAUGCCAGCUUCAACUUUGUGUUAUACAUUUUAUGACUACUGACUCUUUAGGUGUUCCUAGGGUUGGACGAUACAAUGAUAAAUUGCUGCCUUACUCUUUGACUUCUGUCAAGGUACCUUUCCCUUUCAUCAUUGUAAUCCCUCUCAGAUCUCCGGGUAUGUCAGCCCAUGGUAGUGAAGACCAAAAGUCAAAAAAUUUCAUUUGGAUAUGCCUAAAAAUAUUGGUUAUUUUGAUGCACUGCUAGAUCUAGAACCAAAAAAUACAAUCAAAUAAUACUUUGAGGUUAUUCAUUUUAUUUACAAGAGUUUCUUGUUUUGUAGUUUUAUUUGAAGCCAAAGCCAUGAACGGCGUUGAGUAACGUUAGCUCAUCUUAGCUUUAAGUGGUAACUGGAAACAAGAGGCUGUAGCCAUACUCUGAUUAAAGAUAAGAAAAAAUAAUCUACCAACAAGUCUAAAGUUCACUUUUCUUGCUUGCCAAAGUUUCAAAGGACUAUUUGUUAGCUCUGAGCAGUGGCUUUCUGAAAUCUCAUCGUAUUAUACUCUGUAAAACCAAAUAGCGAACCUCACUAACUGUACUGAUUAAACAGAUCAGGUAACAUACAUAUUUAUAUGUAUUCAACUUUGGGGUAGAGCCAAGUUAGAUUUUGGGACAUUAGUUUAAGCUAAGUUAAGCUAAGCUAACUGUCUCCUUGUUACUCAUUGCUUCAAAUUUAGUGUAGCCUUGAGGUAAGAGAGUGGUAUCACAAUUGUCAUGUAACUCUUGUAAAGAAAAUGAACAAACUUAUUCUGCUUAACAACUGAAGAAGAAAGUAUUAAUAGAGGUUACUUGGUCACUUUGGUAUCAAAAUUAUCAAGAAUACCUGCUACACAAAAAUAUGUCAAGUGUAUAUGAAAUCAUUAAUGGAAUAAUUUAAAUUUAUUGUUAUAUAUAUGAUUUGAUGUUGCCCAGUCCUAGACAUUAAUGCAUACAAAUCAAAAUACUUUUCGUGCUGCUUUCUGUGCAAUAUAUCGCUGCGGGUUAAAUCCCCCAAAUCUUCCACAAUCAUCUCUGAGAAUGUGUACAGCUAUAUUUUACUUUUCUUGGCAAUAAACAAAAAAAUAUAAA